UGGUGGGUUAAAAUGGGUGGUAUGGCUGCUAGGAGUGUUGAGGUUGUGUGUAUAUAUGUGUUGACUUACACGACGGUUUCGCAAUACAAACAACUCCAUUAUACUUGUAUCUCAAGAUAGUACUCUUGCUUGUCUAGAUCAUCAUGGACUUUACAUUAUCCUCCUUCGGCCCUCAUGAAGCCGUCAUACUCCUCAGCAUCAUAACAAGUCUCGCCCUUCUCGGUUACAAACUCAGCGACAUCAGCCAAAGCCGCAAAAGCUUCCGCUACAAAAGCAAACUCCCUCCCGUAUCAUCAAACUACCAACCAAGCGACUACAAAACCCCCAUCCCAGAACCCCACCCCAACUGGUCCAUCGACAAGACCAAGCCCCUCCCCUACAGAGCAUUCCGCUAUGGCCCCAACUACCAAGUCACCAUGGGUCUGCGGACAUGUCCCGUAGAAGAGUGGAUUGAGCUGGAUAACCACUAUCCAAAAUAUCACGCUGAUAAAGCUGCGAGGAUCAAGGAGAGAGGGACGAAGUGUGUUGAUACACAUCCUGAUGCGUAUCCUGCUGCUAUUGAGCUUCUUCAGGAGCUGGCGGAUUAUCUACCUGCGAGGUAUCCGAGUCUCUUUGAACGGACGGCUGUUGGGAUUAAGAAUAAAUGGUCUGGUGAAGACUUCAACAUUGUUGAGCGUCCACUAGCUGAAGAUCCCAUGGCUAUCUGCGCCCGCCUCAUCCAAGAUGAUCUUGCAAUCAUGGUCGAACGUCCCGAUGGUCAAUACUAUCUCCUCGCCGGCGCCAUUCUCCUCGCUGGCUUCUGGCGUCUAUCAGACAAAUACGGCAUGUCCCUCUCCGAAAUCCACACAUCAGGCGACGUUCCCCAUUUCAAAGAAAAGCUCGAAACAGGAAUGUGCAAGUUCUUCAAGCGCCUUCGCCCAGAAACAGUCUACAACCGCAACAACUACUUCCUCCAAGUCGACGACAGUCUAGCCUGGAGCUGGAGUAUCGGCAGUGAAGACGCACCCUCUGUGAGCUGGAGUACCGCUGAGAAGGAUAAAGCAAUUGAGCACCACAUGUUUCGCUCUGAGCGACAGUCUCUUCGACGAUUGCCAAAGACUGGUGCUGUGGUGUUUACUAUUCGUACGUAUUUUCACCCUGUGACGGAGAUUGCGCAGGAGGAUUAUGUUCCGGGGAGAUUGGCGAGUGCGGUUAGGAGUUGGGAUGAUAAGGUUGCGAAUUAUAAGGGGAAGCAGAAGUAUGGCGAGGUACUGUUGGAGUAUCUUGAUAGAGAGCAUGAGAAGCAGUUGGCGAGGGGGUUGGAUGUUGAGAAGGAGGGUGAGAUUAGGAAAUAUCCUUGGUAGAUGGUCAUUCCUGAGUUGGUAGAGCAAUCUUAUGUCUUUUAUGCAUUAUGUCAAUAGAUGACGGAGUUAUAAACGAAG